AUGGGUCGUCGAUCAUCUUCAGCAGCCUCGUCCCCGACGGUCUCUGGCACCCGACUGGGUGCAUAUCCCCAGGUCCGCGUAGCGACACAUCAUUACGCAUCGAGCGACACCACUCUGGCCGAGAGUCUUCCUCCCAGCCCGCGAAACCAGCCGCCGCCCUACGGAGAGGACGUGUUGGCCGAGCCACCACUGUACCACGAUGAUGGUUUUGGGCGAGAAAAAAGGCACGGAGAACCUCUGCCAAGAAAAACGCUUAUAAUACGACUGUUUACAUCAAUUUUCAUUGCCUUUAUCGUGUGCCUCAUUGUCGCUGCCGUGGUCGGCCGAAUACACGACACGCAGCUGAACAACAAAGACGCCCAGGAGGCAGCAGCCCAUAGUGCUAACGGUACGAGAUACACUAUGAUGGUUGAGAAUAUGAAUGCCCGGACCACGUCGACAGCCCCGUCGGCAACCCUCGCCGCAAACCAGACGGCCUUGACACACAAUAGCAUCGCGAGGCCAACUGGUACAAUCCUUUCGACAUACAGCUGUCCAUACAUCACACCUUCUAUCACUCACACAUCCCAAGGGCCGACUGGUACAUCUUCCAGCGAGCCCAAUCUCUGCGGCCUGACAGUGCCGUUCAAGCCGGCACAGAAUGCCACAGCCGAAGAAAGUAUUGUGGAUGUAUCGCUACAUUCUUUGAAAGAUUGUGUGAUUGCCAGAACUUCCUAUAGAGUGUCGAGCAACAAGCUGGGCUAUCGCUGCGCACUGUCCUGUAGCGAGGAUGGCGGGCCGGGCAUUGACGGACUGGAAGACGGAUGGAAGUGGCGCUGCGGAUGA